AUGGGUAAUGCUAGGGUUCCAAUCAGUACAUCUUUCGGACGUCGCCCGGUUUAUCUCGCAUCCCAACUCAUCAACUUCGGUACCUCGAUAUGGCGCGCCAAGGCCAACUCCUACAACUCCUUCAUGGGCGCAUGCAUCCUCAAUGGUAUUGGUGCUGGACCGGCCGAGACCAUCAUGCCCGAGAUCAUCGCCGACAUAUUCUUCUUGCACGACCGUGGAAAGUGGAACACUCUUUACUGGGUAGUCUACAUGGGCUCGCUGAUGGUCGGUCCCAUCGUGUCUGGAUCAAUGACUGAGACGGUCGGCUGGCGCAGCUUCUGGUGGCUCAAUACUGGCAUCCUCGGCCUCUCAUUAUUGAUGGUGGUCUUCAUGUUCCCCGAAACAAGGUUCAAGCGCGCGUUGCCCGAGCACUUGGGACAGAAGAAGUCCAGUUCCCUAGAAGAGAAGACGCGAGCGACUACCCAUGAAGACAUCAACCACUCCGACAGCGAGAAAGAGACAAACCCGAUCCAGCACAUCAACACAGCUAACUCCGUCCUACCAAACACGGCGGGCCUAGAGAUGUCCGAGACAGCCCAGCGAGACCCCUUUCUUGGCCGCGGCAAACCUGGCAAAUGGCAGUGGAAGAUCUUCCAACCAAACGCCCAUCCGUUCCGUUCCAUCUUCCUCGACCUUUGGAUUCCCUGGAAACUGUUCGCCUUCCCCAUUGUCGAAUUCGCCGCUUUCGUCGUCAGUUGGUCAUGCUCCAGCUUCCUCACCAUCAACCUCACACAAAGCCAAGUCCUCGCCCUACCUCCCUACAACAUGAAGCCCAUGACUGUCGGAUUCACAAACUUUGCCAUCAUGGUCGGCGCGUUCAUUGGACUCUUCACUGCUGGCCCACUCAGCGAUUGGGUGUCUGCAAGGAGCACCAGGAAGAACAAUGGUAUUCGUGAACCAGAGAUGCGGUUGCCAGCUAUGAUACCAUAUGUUGUCAUCAUGUUCAUCGGCAACAUCGUCGUCGCGAUAGGCUAUGAGCGCAAGUGGCCUUGGGAAGCUAUCAUCGUCAUUGGCUACACGUGCGCUGGUAUCCAGGUUGCAGCGCUACCAGGUAUCGUCAGUACAUAUGCUGUUGACUCGUACAAGCCCGUUGCAGGCUCGUUAUUCGUCGCCAUCACCGUCAACAAGAAUCUUUGGGGCUACGGGUUUGGCAAAUUCAUCACGCCGUGGAGUGAAGAGGUUGGGUAA